UGAUUUGGAGGAUGCGGAAUUUGAAGAACAUUUACUCAAUAGAAGGAAACAAGAAAAUAAAUCAAAAGCAAUAUUGGUGUUAGGCUUGGUAGGAAUUGCCAUUGUUACAAUAGCCUUCACUUUAGCUACAGCAAUUCCUCUAGGGAUGGAGGCAGCUGCAGCUGCUGGAGCCUCCGAAGAUGAAAUUAAAAGUACCCUGAAUGAUAAAUGUACUUUUGGAUUGGUGAUUUCUGGUAGAGAAGGUGGAUUGUUGGAAUCGGAUUUGACAAAUGUAUUAUUGAGAACAAAUUCUAGUAGAGGAAAUUUCAUUAGUUUGGAUGCUGGAAUUCUAUUAUCUGGAAUUUACAAGUUUGUUAGUAGUGAGACGAAUAAUCAAACAUUUAUCAAAUUGUUAUUCCCUAACUUACCAUCAUGGUUAUCAUCUGUGGAUAUGUCUAGUCUGAAAACUACAAGCGAGAAGAAUCAAUAUUACUUAUCAUUGUCUGGUUAUAUUAUGAAACAGUUCAUUUUGGGGUACUUUAUUGGACAUGCACAUUUGGAUCAUCUAUCUGGCUUGGUCAUUUCAUCACCUGAAGGAACCUUUAUGGAUACCUCAACCAAGGACUAUCAAAUACCAUCCAGUAAGAGGAUAAUUACAUCUACUGAGGUUAUUAGUGCUAUUAAUUCGAGCUUGUUUAAUGAUAAGGUAUGGCCAGAUAUUCCAAAGUACACACCAUGGUAUCAAUAUCAACCUAUUGAACACAAUAUUAAUUACUAUGUCAAUGAUUUAAUUUAUAUGAGUCCAAAUUCAUUUAAUCCUAAAAUUGAUACCCACCAACUUAUUGGAAGUAAUUAUUUAUUUUCAGAUACAACUGUGAAAUCUUUCUCACUCUGCCACUCUCUCCCAUCAGCUGCCUUCCUAUUUGAACAUGAUAAUGUUCAACUCAUUUUCUUCUCUGACACUGGAUCAAACACAUAUUCUUCUUGUGAUUGGAGAUCAAAGAUCACUGCUGUGUGGAACGCUGUUGACAUUAGUAAAUUGAGGGUAAUUAUUAUUGAGGUGAGCUUUACAAAUGAAGCUCAAGAUUCAGAGUUGUACGGUCAUAUGAGACCAAAGGAUUUAGUUCUCAUACUGAAAGAGUUGAGUAACUUGAAAGGGGACAAAUUAAGCUCUCUCACUAUUGUAGUGACACAUAUCAAACCUACUUUCACAAGCACAUUCAGUGAAAGUGCCCAAGUACUCAUUCAAAAACAAUUGCAAAGUGGACUUAAGGAAGCUUCACUUGAUUGUGCUGUUACCAUUCCAGAACAAGGUCAAUUUUUAUGUUUCUAUUAAAAUUGAUUACAAUGAUUAUUACUGAUAAUAUAAAUGAAAGUUUAAUAGCUCAAUAAUCCUCCACCACGCUUUUUCCUGUAAGUUAAAACUUGGAAAGCAAGAACAAAGUCAACAAAGAGUUGGAAAGAACCACAUAAUACGAAUUGAAUUGGCAAUCCCUUAUGAUAAAAGUAACCAGUCUUAUAAGCAUCACCAAGGAAGAAAGUUCCAAGUAAAACCCAUGACAAGCCCUCAGCAGAUCCUUCCCUAUAAUUUCUAUAAACUUGUGGAACAGCCAAAACAGCUUCAGUAAAUAAAGCAGCACCUCCAAGU